AUGUCGUUAACUCAUAUGCACAUCCGGACAUACGAAAACACCACGCCACCUCGAUCAAAAGCACACAAAGCUAUUCAAUAUGGGAGUCUAACAGUCACGCCCGUUCUACAGAACGAAAACUCAGUAUUUGGUGCGGAGGUCUCCGGGGUUGAUUGGGCAAAUCCGGUUCCAGCGGAAACAGUAGCUCAGCUAGUGGCGCUACAAGAUGAGUACGGUGUGUUGAUAUUUCGAGAAACAGGGCUUGACAAUGCCCGCCACAUCGCAUUUUCACAACAAUUGGGAAAAGAGCUAGAGGUCAACCCAUUCUACUAUGGUCGAGAAAACGAUCGCCUCGGUGAGCCAUUGCUAUUCGACGUCGGGAACAUAGAAUUGGAUGGCACAUUGGUCAAAAUGGAUAGCAGGAGAUGGCAUCACAGCCUGGGUAAUGCCCUGUGGCAUACGGAUUCAACAUAUCACCAACACCGCUCCAAGUACUCCAUACUCUUGUCCCACGGCAAUCCAGUUAAGGGGGGAUCGUGGACACAUUUUGCUGACACACGUCGAGCAUAUGCCGACCUACCUGACUCGAAAAAGAAGGACAUUGAUGAUUUGAUCGUGGAGCACGAUUUAUGGCACUCGAGGAAGCUUGCCUCGCCCAUUGUAUACGGAAAUCCACUGCCACAUGAACUGGCCGCAAAACCGCCUGCAUAUCACCGCCUCGUUCAAGUAGCACCAGACGGGCGUAAAACAUUAUAUCUUGCCGCACAUGCCAAGCUGAUCCUAGGUCGAUCGUUGGAGGAUAGUCAAAAAUUGAUAUGGGAGCUCAUCGACCACUGCACCCAGCCAAAGUAUGUCUUUAGUAUGGAAUGGCUUUCCGGAGGCGAUAUGGUAUGGUGGGACAAUAGACAAUCCAUGCACCGCGCAAACCCCUACACCGAGACCAUGACUGCCAGAGAUGUACGACGAUCGACAAUCAUCGAUGAUGGUCCGUUGGCAUACGGUGUGUCUAUUGAAGAAAGGAUGGCGGUUGAACGCAAAACCCCCAAUACAACAGACCCAUAG